GUGUGUGUGUGUGUGUGUGUGUGUAUGAGUGUGUGUGUAUGCAUGUGUGAAAGUGCAAGAGUGUGGGGGUGUGUGUGAGGGAGUGUGUAUAACAAGUGUGUGUGUGUAUAUGUGUGUGUGCUCACUCUUGCUCGCAAGCCUCUUUCCUUCCUGGAGGAGAGGCUCUCCUCUUCAGCGAUCGGCAAGGGCCAUCUUGAAUUUGGCAAGCUGUCACUUUUCUGGACCUGACAAUGUUUCGUAAGAAGAAAAAGAAGAGGCCAGAGAUCUCAGCACCAAAGAACUUUGAGCACCGGGUGCACACCUCUUUUGACGCUAAACGGGGCUGCUUCGUGGGCCUGCCAACCCAAUGGCACAGUUUGAUAGAGAACCUCCGCAGGCCCAAGCCUAUGGUGGACCCCUCCCGGAUCACCCCAGUUGAGCUCAAUCCAAAGAAGACCAUCGUGCGUGGGAGUAUGAUCGGCCAUGGAGACUACAUCUCAGCCAUGAUCUCCGACAUGAGCAGGCUGUCCGUGACCAGCUCCAACUCCCUAAGGAAGAGCAGCCCUUCAGGCAGGAAGAGGGCCCAGUCCCUUGGCAGGCUGGGGGAGGUGAAGGAGGGGGACACCUACCAGUAUGAAGAUCUGGGAGAGGAUGACAUGGAGCAGCAGCAGUGGAGGGACAGGGCUCAUAACAUCCACAGUGAGAGUGGGAUGCCCCAAAUGGGCAUGAAGAAGAGCAUCACCCUGCAGCCCAACGGUGAUCUUCCCAGGGCCAAGUCCACCUACGAGGUGAGUGUCAGCUCUCUGGAGGGACCCCCGGUUCUGUCCCAGCCCAUACAGGUGCCUAUUAAGGGGGCUUAUAUCAGCUGUGAGGUGGGCAGUCCCACAGAGAGACUGAUGGUGAGGAGAGACUUCCAGGUGCCGAGGGUUAUGCCACACAACCAGAGGCCCUUCUCAUGCUUCUACAACCCAGCCAUGGCUGUCCAGCUGCCCCAUCCUGAUCAUGGGCGUCACCCCCCUCCGGAGUACCGCACAAACCUCUACAUCCACUCCCACAACAGCCCUAGCAGACCAUACUCCUCCUACGACCUGAAGGCAGAGUCGGCUCUGAGGCACCACCAGUCAGGCUUCCUACCCAGCACCCCCAGCAGUCCCUUCAUGAGUGGCAUCAGGCCCCACAGGACGGUGCGCUCCUCAGCCAGCUACACCCUGGGACUGUCUCCCAACAUGGGCCUGAGACUCAAUGGCCCUGACCCCUUUUUGAGACACUCAGGCUGCCCUAAUGCUCCCUUCCCCAGGCAGGACAGCCCCUCCCAGCCCCGGCCCUCCCCCACCGGCUCCCUGGCCACCAGCCCCCCAGGCACAUGCUCCCCUGCUUUCAGACCCCCUCAGCACCCCCAGAGGCCGCCACCAGACCCCCCCCAAGGUGACCAUGAACAGUUUAAGGCUGCCCUGCAGAUGGUGGUAGACAAGGGGGACCCUCGGUCGUACCUGGAGAACUUUGUGAAGAUUGGCGAAGGUUCGACGGGGGUGGUGUGUAUCGCUCGGGAGAAACACAGCGGCAGGCAGGUGGCCGUGAAGAUGAUGGACCUGCGGAGACAACAGCGAAGAGAGCUACUUUUCAACGAGGUGGUGAUCAUGAGGGACUACCAGCACAGGAACGUGGUGGAGAUGUUUAAGAGUGCCCUGGUGGAGGAGGAGCUCUGGGUCAUCAUGGAGUACAUAGAGGGUGGAGCACUAACCAACAUCGUGUCUGAGACCAGGCUGAGUGAGGAGCAGAUAGCCACAGUGUGUGAGGCUGUGCUGCAAGCCCUGGCCUACCUUCACUCCCAGGGAGUCAUCCACAGGGACAUCAAGAGUGACUCCAUACUGCUAACACUGGAUGGGAGGAUCAAGCUGUCAGACUUUGGGUUCUGUGCACAGAUCAGUAAGGACAUUCCCAAGAGGAAGUCUUUAGUAGGAACACCAUACUGGAUGGCUCCGGAGGUCAUCUCUAAAUCUCCAUACAGCACUGAGGUGGAUGUGUGGUCUCUGGGCAUCAUGGUAGUUGAGAUGGUGGACGGAGAGCCCCCCUACUUCAGUGAGACCCCCGUUGCAGCCAUGAGAAGACUGAGGGAUGAGCCAGCUCCCACCGUACGGAACACAACCCAGGUAUCGCCGGUGCUGAAAGACUUCCUGAACCGUAUGUUGACCCGGGACCCAGUGGAGAGGGCCAGCGCCACAGACCUGCUAGAACACCCCUUCCUCCUGCAGAGCGGCUCCACGCAGUGCCUGGUGCCCCUGGUGGAGCAGUACCGCAAGCGCAUGUCUCACUGCUGAUCCCAUGGUGGACCCUGAUUACUACUGUACCCACCCUGAGUGUGAUCUGCCCAGGCCCAACCCACCCAGCACCCACCCCAGUGUGGGAGCAGCACCAGAGAGCAGAUCCAGACCCAGAGAUCCUGGUGCUGUUACAGAGCUCAUGGCAUCAGGCCUGUCGGCUUGGUAGACAAUGGCACAGCAUGGGCCUAGAGGCCUACUGUAAGAAGCACUUUAGCAGUGAGUUGGUGUAGUGAAACAGUAGCAUGCAAACAAACAGUAUUCCUAACUCAUCUCAACAACGUCUGGUUCUACCUGUGAUAGACAACAUCCAAUGGGAUUCCUCCCGACACAACACCAAUCUAGCAUUGAUGCAUUAUAUACAGACUUGAAAUCCAAGGAAACUGUGAACUGCAUUGUGGACUUUUCCUGUUAUUGAGCAGUUUCCCAUUGUAGUGUUUGGAUAAUAGUGAAUUUUCAGCUUGUGCUAUAGACUCAAGUUAUGGUAGCUCAUGACUUGGAGAGAAGCUUGAUGUUACUUAGCUCUACAACCAUAUGGGACACUGACUGAAGUUCACCUUGUCAGUAAACAAUUUGCAUGGCCAAAUGAAGGCAGACCUGGCCUGAUCAGAAUGUUUAAAACAUGCUACUAAGAGAUGACAUGAGAGACCUGCCGCCAGUAUCACCAUGACAAAUGUGUAGAUGAGGGGAUGGCUGUUUGUUUUUAUUGUGCUCAAGGAAUCAUGUUCCUUUUAAUAUUUAUUCUAUUUUGCUUUUCCGAAAAGUGUUGUGAAUGGUUUGUAAUGUGAAAUUGCAAAUAAGUUUUCAGUUUAGAAUAUCAACUUGAAAUGUAGCAGAUGAACAAAUAACGUAAAUACAGUACAUUCUGUAUAUUAGGACUUACUUGCAGAGCCACUGUACUUACACUACCGUUCAAAAGUUUCGGGUCACUUAGAAAUGUCCUUGUUUUCCAUAAAAACAUACAUGAAAUGAGUUGCAAAAUGAAUAGGAAAUACAGUCAAGACGUUGACAACUGUCACGAACGUCUGAAGAACUGGCCCAAGGUGCAGCGUGGUAGGCGUACAUUUUACUUUUAAUAAAAAUGACACCG